CUUUGUCAUGCAAAUCGCCAACCACAAUAUCAGGCAGGGCUCAGAGAAACAACCUCCAUAUUGUGAACUGGGAAACGGGAACCGUAGAGUCGUUCCGUAGGACGAGGCAUGGCGUCCUCAGAAGAGUGGGAGCCACUCGACUUUCGGUCGGGGAUUGAACAUGAGGAAAUUAGGAACUUGGUGGCGUAUUUCAAGCGGUACCAGCAGCACAUGGCCAAGGUUUGCCGGACGAAAGGCGGAGAAGAGACGACGAGAGAAUUCAUGGAGAACUUGCUCAGGCUUGUCCACAAGUACGACCGCAGGUUUCCCCUGCCCAAGGAUUUCCUGUUCCUGAGAGACAACACCUUUGAGGGAGUCCUGGACAUGCAGCCUUCCCAGUUCAGACCACACUACCUUCAUGGGAAGGAGUCAACCCCGGCCUAUGUCGUCAUUAUUCCCAUCAUGGAGCUCAAUGCUGAGGACUCAUUUGACAUGUUUGACUACAUGAUCGGCCGGCCCAUGCACGGCGGCAUCAGGUUACUUGACGGUGUUGACCAGUACAAGUGGCGUGACUGUCAGGUCGAACACGAGAGCGGGGGUAACACCUACAUCUACCUCUCCUCGGAGAAGGUGUGCGAGUGGUUCUUCAAGGCCGUUUCCGCGGUAGCAAACGAGGCGACGCCCAUGCCGGGUCACUCCAUGACCCUGGAGCUGAACGGGCCGGUUGUGACCAUUUGCGUGGAGGGGGGAGACGCUUGUGACAUUGUGUAUAACAUGAUCCCCACCGUGAGGUGUAAAGGCUGGCCCACCGCCGCACAGGCCUGGUGGUCACGCGACCACUACUGGGACUCCAAGGCCAACGCUGAGGUAGAGAACAAUGGUUACCACCUGCUACCGAUGUGCUGUGCUGACGGGAACCCAGAGCUGGAGUGGAGACUGUCCUUCUGUCAGGCGGAGCUGGAACUGGCCAAGUUCAUCCCUCCUGUCUUCAUGCACAACUUUAACGUACUGCACUCUGUCAUCAGGAAGGAACUCGCAGGUUCAGCGGUGGUGAGUCCGUACCAGUUAAAAACCAUCGUGCUCUGGGCCUGCGACCGGUUGAGACCAGAAUUCCUGCGCGACGAAACCUUCAUCCCGCUGUCUCUGUUCGGCAUGGUGGACGACAUCAUGCACUGUCUCAUCAACAAGUCCUGUGCUAACUACUUCUUACCACAGUACAAUAUGUUUUUACACUGCAGUGAAGAGAUGAUGUUCCCGGUUGCUAGGAAACUGUCUCUCAUCAGGACCGACCCUGUUAAGUACAUCUACCUGAGGACAGCCGCAGAGUGGAGGGAGACAGAGCAUCAGCAGACAGACCAGAACAGUGACGGGAAAGAAUCGCCCGCGAGAAGCCGCCCGAAGGCAGACAAACCCCCGCUCAACGACAGAGAGAGCCGGUUCAGAGACUGGACCUCUCAUAUCGUUGACGUGAACCAGGGGAAGAGUAUCUCUGUUUUCAUCGAUCCGAACGACAUCAGUACUGCACGGGCUUUCCGUAUUGACGAUAAGUUCUACUGAAUUAUCUUGAAAGUUCAUCUGUGUUGGUACAUGUAGAAGUCAUUAUGAAACAAGAUUGAGCUGCAAUUUGCAACACAAGAAAUUGGAGUCCAAUUCUUGUGUUGGAAAUUGCAGCUCAAUCUUGUUUCAUGAAUUCUUCUGAAGUUCUGAAGUCUAAGUGAACUUAGAGGCCUUUUUUAUAAGAUUUUCAGCAUAAGAACUCUUAGCUUCCGCCUCCCACAAAUGACUUACAAAACUGUACUAGGAUGAUACUUCUGGAAUGUGAAUACUUUUAUUGCUGAUGUCAACCAGGGAAGAGCAUAUCCGUUUUCAUCGAUCCAAAUGAUAUCAGUACUGCCCGAGCUUUCCGCAUCGACGAUAAAUUCUACUGAAGUUGGUACCAAAAAGAUCUAAGUGAACUUAGUGGCUUCACUUAGUGGUCUUCAUUACAAGAUUUUUAGAAUAAGAAUUCAAUUUUAUCCUCUCGCAAAUCUGAUCUGCAUAGUUUUCACAGCUGUAUGCACCCAGUAUGACUCCAGAGGAUGUAAUUUGUGGGUGGUUGGUGGAAUUUAUUUGGCAACAUUUCUUUUUUUUAACUUGAAGUGCAUGCACUUGGGCUGAUGUUACAUUACAAAUGUGUAGGGAUGUCAAAAGGAGCUGGAGAUGUACAAUGUAAAUGCAAGUGUCCAACAAGGGUUCACCAACACGUGUAAUCAUACAAAAAAUUCUUUGUAGCCCUCAACCAUUUCACUGGAUUGGAUUGAUACAGACAAGAACUUUCCAGUUUAACUUACAUGCCAGUGCCCCUGAUAUUAUGGUAUGCAGGGUGGAGACAUUAAAGCUUAGAGAACAACCUAGCUUUUUUAGUAGCCAGAGUUCAUGUAUAAAGUUUACUGUCAGUUUUAUGUUUUUGUGCCAUUUACUGUAUGUUGUUGUAAGAUAUAAUAGGUGGCCAACACUUCUAGUAUCUAGUACUGCUCAAUAUUAGCUCAUAUAUGCCGCAAAGGUCCCUAAAACGGGUGGGCAGCUGUCAGCUAGUCUUCACACCAUGUUUCCAGGCAGCUUUGUCCAGCCGCGAGGCCGCAAACUUAAAUACAGUUGCUCUCAAAACACUCCAUACAGACCUUCUUCAGCUUGCCACUGUUACCUGGCCACUGACAUUCUACAAAUGAACUUUCUUUAGUUUCAGAUGUUCCACAAUAAUGCAUCGAUGUUUUCAUAGGCAUUUACAGAAUCAAUAUCAUGAAGAAUCAGUACACAUGAAUACAUGUAGUAUUGAAAAACAUUCCGGGAAAAAAUCUGUCAUACAUGUAACUGCUAAGUUUUGGUGCUGGCAGUAAUACUGUUAUCCACUAUAAUUGUACUUAGUAGAGCACCUUGUACUUAACAUGCUCAGUAUUUACUUAUUUGGUUGACCAUAGGUUGUACUAUAUUUUUAGGGAUCGUUUUAGAGUAAAUGUAGUAAUUUGCUACAGUGCCUGAUGGUAAGGUUUGUAGUUUAGUGUCUAUCGUGUCUAUUCUGUAGGACAUUGUAAACAUUUUUUCACCAAUGUAUUUGACCCACUGUAGACCUUUCCCAUGCUGAGGUUGCAUGUAUGUUUAGUAGAGUAUAGUAUAGCAUUUUAUUAUAGCAUGUUCUUGUAACUGUAUUUAGUUGUGAUAUUUUCUAAUGAAUGUCCUGCUACUUUUAUUCUAUAAGUAAGAAGAGACGCACUCUGUGCCCUGUAUACUAAAACUCCCUGGUACAUGGUGUUAGCCUUACAGUAGGAAUUCUCUUCCUUCUAAAUUUUAUACCUGAAGAGUUGGAGAAAAGUGAACCAAAUCAUGUGGGACUCCUCCACCUAACCUCCAUAUCUUAGGCUAACUAUCCAGUAACUGUUAACAUAUUCAUUGGGGACAUUUAAACUACUGUGAUAUAAUAUGAACAUAUAAGUACAAUGUACUUACGGUUCUGUAUGUGUAAGAUAGUAAAAAUGUUGACUUUAUCUUGCAGACUUUUAAAACGGUAUAGCCGGGACUUACUAAGAAUACUGUACACCCUUGCCUUAUGUACUUAGGACGUCUGCAAUCUACUACUAACCAUUGGAAAGGAACAUAGAUAGCCUCAAAGCAGGCCCCUUAG